AGCAAUAUGCCGCUUGCUGCUGAGGUCAUCCGGACAGCCAUGUACGUUGACGAUGCUCUUUUUGGAGCACAGACCAUCGAUGAAGCUCUUGAGGUUUAAGGCUCAAGUAGCCAGCCAGUUUAUGGGAUCCCUGCCCUCCGAUCGCGUCACCGAGAGCCACCCGUUCGACAAGGUUGGAAUCGACUUCUGUGGUCCGUUUCAAGUAAAACAAUCGGGCAUGCGGAGGGCCGUUGUCACCAAAGGCUACACACUGGUAAUUGUUUGCUUCGCCACUAAGGCUGUCCACCUUGAGCUAGUUUCAGACAUGACAACUCAAACAUUCUUAGCAGCCUUAAAAAGAUUCAUUGGCAGACGCGGUAUUCCCGCCAUUAUUAAUUGCGAUAAUGCACAAACGUUUAAAGGAGCCGACAACGUGCUCCACGACUUGUAUAAAUUAGUCAAUUCCAAAAAGCAUCAAUCUCAAGUGAGUGUGGCUGCUGUAGAGAAAGGAAUAACCUUUCGCUACAUCCCCUCCUACUCCCCCAACCACGGAGGCCUCUGGGAGGCCGCCGUUAAGAGUUUUAAGUUCCAUUUCAAAAGAGUGGUGGGGGAGAAUAAAUUCACGUACGAAGAAUUGACCACUAUUUUAUCCGAAAUAGAGGGUAUCCUGAAUUCCAGGCCCCUCACGCCGCUUUCAAGCGACCCUGCAGACCUAACAGCCCUAACCCCAGGACACUUCCUGACUGGUCGUCCACUCAUAUGUAUCCCUGAGCCGGAUCUAACCGAUAUCCCUCUAAAUAGACUAAGAUUCUGGAGGCGCUGUACUCAGGUCAAGCAACAUUUUUGGAAAGCCUGGUACAGCCAAUAUUUAUCGCAGCUAAAUGUUAGAAACAAGUGGAGCAAACAGUUACCAGAUGUGGAAGAAGGCAGUUUAGUUUUACUAAAAGGAGACAACGUUCCCCCGCUGCAGUGGCCCAUGGCGCGGGUGACGCGGGUGUUUCGGGGAAGCGAUGGGAGGGUAAGGGUCGCGGAGCUCAAAACCGCUACUGGUCUAACCCGUAGGUCUAUUAAUAAAAUGUGUAUCCUUCCCAUAGAUUAUUAAGUAACAAGCCAUUUUAAAACUGUUAAAUAAUUUUUAACCAUAGGUUUUUAAGCAAAUGUUAACUUGUAGUUAUGACAUGCGAAUUUUAUUAAAUAUUUAUGGCAAUUUUGAGUCUGUAAACUGUGAUAACUAAGUAGUAAUAUGUAUAGGGUGUUACUUAAACUUAAGAAUAAAGAUUUAAUUAAGAUAUAACUUCAAUUGUAUCAUGCAAGUCAUUACUAAUGUAACUUCAUGACUAUUAAUGUAACUGCAUAGCUAUUUUUGUAACCUUUUGCCCGGGAGAAUGUCCACAUCCGUAGAUGUAAACACGGCUUAAUUUUAUACUGAAGGUGUCUAAUGUGUCUAUGCCUUAUU